AAAGUUCUUUGUUAGCCAUGUAAUGAUCUUUGAUUAUGAUUCAAAAGUAUGCUUUGAUUCUUUUCUCUGUUUUCAUGCUCAUGCCCGUUAAUUUAACCUCUCAUUUUUUUGUUAAAGAAGUUCCAUCAAAUUUAAUUCAGUGAUUAAAAUAAAUAAUGUUCACUCCAAAUUCAAUCCAAGAACCGUCAUGCAAUCAUAUUUAUCCUUCACUCGAAACACCAUCAAAUCGUGUGGUCCAUCCUCAACCAGCUACACACUUGAUGCAACCAUUUCAUCGUAAGCUUUAUUAUGGAGCAAAACUACCAUCGACCAAUCCUGAUGGUUGGCAGCCGGGUCGUCCAGUGCCUUUUAGUCCGCCAGGAUUAGAAUACUUGAUUCAAAUUGAUCAAAUUCUUGUUCAGCAGAAAGUUGAUAAGAGAAACAAAUAUAAAAUUAAAAACAUCGAAGGCCAGAAAAUAUUCAAGGCUAUUGAAGAUACCACUUGUUGUACCAGGUUUUGCUUUAAAUGGAUUAGACCAUUUAAUAUGAAAAUUACCGAUAACCAGGAACGAGAAGUUAUAAAUCUCUAUCGGCCUUUGAAAUGUACCGACUGUUGGUGCCCAUGUUGUCUUCAAAGUAUGCAAGUUACUGCUUCUGGAGUCGUUUGUGGUUUUAUUGAACAAACUUGGAGUAUUUGGCACGCUGAAUUCAAUGUUUGUGAUUCUUCUGGGGAAACAGUUUUACGAGUUAAAGGGUCAUUUGACAUCUUUCCCUGCAGUGAUGUUAAAUUUAAAGUAUUAACAAGAGAUGGUAAAAUUGAAGUUGGUUGCAUUACUAAACAAUGGUCUGGUUUAGCUCAAGAAUUAUUCGGCAACAUUAACCAUUUCGGCAUUUCAUUUCCAAUGGAUUUAGAUGUUAAGAUUAAAGCUGUAUUAUUGGGAGCUUGCUUUUUAAUUGAUUUCAUGUAUUUUGAUAUUGCAUAUUAAUCCUGUAGACAGACGAUUUGAAUAAAAUGAGAUUGGAUAAAAUUCCUUUAGAAUGAAA